AUGGGGAAUACUAAGAGCAGCGCGUUGUCAAAAGAGCUCCUGGAGGAACUGAAAUCCAACACUAAAUACUCAGAGACCGAGCUCUGCACCUGGUACCAGACCUUCCUGAAGGAGUGCCCCGGCGGGAAGAUCAGCAAGCAGCAGUUUGAAGGCAUCUACGCCAGCUUCUUCCCCAAUGCAGACCCAUCGAAAUACGCACAGCACGUUUUCAGGAGUUUCGACACCAACGCAGACGGCACUUUGGACUUUAAAGAGUACAUUGUUGCUCUGCAUCUCACGUCAGGGGGGAAGACGCUGCAGAAGCUGGAAUGGGCCUUUGCUCUGUACGACGUCGACGGGAACGGAAACAUCAACAAAAGUGAAAUCCUGGAGAUUGUUAGGUCAAUAUUCAACAUGAUUCCUGCUGAAGACCAGAAGGUCCUCCCCGAGGAUGAAGACUCACCAGAGAAGAGGGCGGACAAGAUCUGGCAAUUCUUUGGGAAGAAAGAAAACGAUAAAAUCUCAGAAGGAGAAUUCAUUCACGGUGUGAUGGACAACAAAGAUAUCCUGCGAUUGAUACAAUAUGAUGAGCCUCAGAAGAUUAAAGACAAGCUGGCGGAGAAAAAGCAAUAA